AUGGCACGAAGUGGUUCGAGUGCCACUGAUGGAGGAGCGGAAGACGACGACGAAGGGAUGGAAAACGACGACGUUGAUGCGGAUGAUGACGAGGAUGCUGAAGAUCGGAUGAUGGCGAUCGAGAGGAAUUCAAGGACGAUGAUAUCCGUAUUGAAAUGGAGGAUCCAAGUGUCAGAUGAGGGUAUUGAAACUGAGCACCUGAUGACGCUAGAGCGAUUGAAGGCUACGCAGCAAAAUGAGCUGAGCAAAGGAACCCCGAAUCAUUCAGUCCAGGCUUCAGAUCGCCUCAUGAAGGAACUCAGGGACAUAUACCGUUCCCAAAGCUUUAAAAAAGUUUGUCUGAGGCAUGUAGACCCGGAUUCGCAAUUAUCUCAAGAUUUGGUGAUCCUCAAGGAAAAAGAGGGAAUUGACCACAUCCUCUUCGUUUCACUUUCAGUUUGUCCUGGUUGUGCAUCCAAUAAUCGGAGGUGGGUACGUGGCAAGGUACUUAUUGGUGGUGCCAUUUGCAUGAAGCUGCUCACCAAACAGGGCUGGAGCUCAUCAUACACGGUGGAAGCGAUCAUAAUGCAAAUAGCAGCUACCCUCGUCAAGGGAAAGGCACAAAUCAAGGUCGGAGGAUCUUCACAAAUUUCUGGGGCUUCUAUAGAAACCCCUUGA